AGGGCGCGCGCGCACGCGCGUGCGCAGGCGCGAGCCACGCGCGGCUCGCUCUAGUGUGAGCAAUGAAGCUGCUGCUGGCCUUGUUGGCCACGGCCACAGCGGUGAAGUUCAAGCCGCAUGUGAACAAGACGCACAAGGUGCUUCCCAAGGGCCUCCUGAGGGACGAUCUGCAGUUCCCACUCUUUGUGCACAUUCCGAAGACAGCAGGCACCUCGAUCUGGAAGGCGCUGGGGCCCAACUACACGGACUCCGGGCGCUACCCCGAGGUGCCCUUCUUCUGCAUGAAGCACAACCCGCCCCAGGAGCAUGUGCCCGACAGCUGGGCGGUGGUGCGGGACGUUUGCGACCGCCUGGUCUCGGAGUUCGCUUGGGCCCGGCUCCAGGGCUGGUACCAAGCGUAUCAGAAGGAGGGCCUUCACUACCAUGAGGAGCCCAACUGCACGACCUUCAACAAGUGGGUCAGCUUGGUCACCAGAAAGUACCAGGACAACUCAGACGUCGAGGACUGUCACAUGAUCCCCCAGUGGUGCUACGCUUCGAAAGUUGACAAGGUCCUCCCGAUGACCUCGCACCUGGAGGAGGAUAUCCGACACAUGGACAAGCGCCUGCAGUUCCUGAACCUCCCCAAGAAGAACCACCACUCACACUUUGUGAAGAAGAUGAACGUUUCCUGUGGCUGCCUGAGCCCCGCCAACUUGGAAGCGGUCCAGACCCAUUUCUUGGAGGACUUUGUCCACUUGAGGAGCGUGCUGGGACCGUCACAGUUCGAGCCCAAGGCGGCGGCGCAGCCGAACUUCGCGGUGAAGCGCUCGGUUUGCGCCAGCUUCCGCCGCAGCGGCAAGCAGGUCAAGUUGAGCCGCUGAGGCCUUGGGGCCCAGGCAUGGCAUCCAAACGGAUGUGCAUGUACACAGGGGUAAGUCACCAACAUGAAAACGAGCAAAGCGUAC